CAUUAAGGUUAUGAUUGCAAAAAAACAGCUCAUAUGUAAGAAGAUCUCGAAACCAAAGAUCAUGAGUGAAAUACCCGAGUGAGAAGUUAUCAAAUGUAAUUCUAAUACCAGUAAUUCCCGUUCACACAAGGCAAUAAUGACAUGAUGUUGCAUUUGGCGGCGCUUGGUGGACAUUACAAACAACUAAACGCCGGGAGAUUCUCGAAGACACGAAACACUAUUUAUGGCGAUACUGAUUCCCUAAUGAUAAAUACUAACAUUUUGGAAUACGAUGAUGUAUUUUCAAUUGGCAGAAAGAUUAUGCGCAAAAUCAACAAUCGAUACAAGAAAGUUGAAUUCGAUGGAGAUAUCGAUGGAGUAUUCCGAUAUUUAUUGCUCUUACAAAAGAAAAAUAUGCUGCGGUUACAAUGUCGAAAUUGCCAAACGGUCAGAUACAGUUGGCACAAGAACAUAAAGGUCUCGAUAUUGUAAGAAGAGAUUAGUGUCCAUUGGCCUGUGA